UCUGUGUGGACACGAGGCAGGGCGCAUGCGCAGCAGCGGUCUCCUCACCGUUAACCCUCUCCGGUCCGCCUGCCGGUGUGUCGGUGUGUUCGGGGCUCAUGGCGGCCGGUCGGGACUCUCUGUACCUGGGCCUGGAUUUCAGCACGCAGCAGCUGAAGGCGGUGGUCAUCGAUGGAAACCUCAGCGUGGUUCAUCAGAGCAGCGUUCAGUUCGACUCAGAGCUGCCACACUUCAGGACUCAGGGCGGGGUCCACAUCCACGCUGACAGGCUGACGGUCACCUCACCUGUGCUGAUGUGGGUCCAGGCCCUCGACCUGCUAUUGGACAAGAUGAAGAGGGCGGGGUUUAACUUUGCUGACGUCAGAGCGUUGUCGGGCAGCGGCCAGCAACAUGGCAGCGUGUUCUGGAGAACUGGAGCUUCUGAGACUCUGAAACAUCUGGAACCGGAUCAGAACCUGGAGCAGCUGCUGCAGGACAGCUUCUCUGUCUCAGACAGUCCGGUCUGGAUGGACUCCAGCAGCAGUAAACAGUGUUUAGACCUGGAGGCAGCAGCAGGGGGCGCCGAGAGACUGGCAGAGAUCACUGGGUCCAGAGGAUACGAGCGUUUUACAGGAAACCAGAUCGCCAAACUACGUCAGACCAGACCAGACGAGUUCAUGGACACCGAGAGGAUCUCAUUGGUCAGCAGCUUUGCAGCGUCUCUCUUCCUCGGUGGUUACGCCGCCAUCGACUACAGUGACGGUUCUGGGAUGAAUCUGUUGGACAUCAGGACCAGAAACUGGUCUCAGAUUUGCCUGGAAGCCACCGCUCCACAUCUGGACCAGCUCCUGGGAGCUCCACUGCCCUCCACAUCUGUGCUGGGCCCCGUGUCGUCCUACUACGUCCAUCGCUAUGGUUUCUCUGAGAGCUGCAGUGUGGUGUCUUUUACUGGAGAUAAUCCAGCGUCUCUGGCAGGAAUGAGGCUUCAACCAGGAGACAUCGCAGUGAGUCUGGGGACCAGUGACACGGUGUUUCUGUGGAUCCAGAAACCUCGUCCAGCUCUGGAGGGUCACGUGUUCUGCAGCCCGGUGGACCAGGAGGCCUUCAUGGCUCUGCUGUGCUUCAAGAACGGAUCUCUGACCAGAGAACGCAUCAGGAACGAGUGUGCUGGAGGAUCAUGGGAAGUUUUCUCUGCCAUGUUGAAAGACACGCCGCUGGGAAACAACGGAAACAUCGGCUUUUAUUUUGACACCAUGGAGAUCACUCCUCCAGCGGUGGGCGUCCAUCGGUUUGACUCAGACGACAGCGAGGUGUCCUCCUUCAGUCCUCAGGUGGAGGUCCGUGCUCUGGUUGAGGGUCAGUUCCUGUCCAGGAGGCUCCAUGCUGAGAGGCUGGGAUACUCCAUCGUUCCAGGAACCAGAGUUCUGGCGACAGGAGGAGCUUCGUCCAAUAAGGAGAUCCUGCAGGUUCUGUCUGACGUCUUCAACGCUCCGGUUUUUACCAUCGAUCUGUCCGACUCGGCGUGUCUGGGAUCAGCCUACAGAGCUCUGCACGGCCUGGUAGCUGAUUCUGGAGUCUCCUUCUUGGAUGUGGUGAAGAACGCUCCGGAACCACAACGGGCCACGACACCACACACCUCAGCCAAGCAGGUGUACGACAGGAUGCUGCAGCGCUUCGCCCGAUUGGAGGAGAGAGUCCUGCAGAAGCCCCGCCCCUGAGCCUCAGCCACCAAUCAGCUGCGGAUCCAAACGAAAACUAAAUUCCUAAAAAGGUCUUUAAUUAAACUACAGCUGGAGAUCAAGCAGCGCUGUUGGAUAACACCUUUAAUUAGACUGGAAGAUGAUUAAAGUGGACUAGAGUUCUAAUUAACGAGCAGUUCCACAGCAGGAUGUUCUUCCACCUUUUCUGUAGUUUUUAGGUUUCACUGUGGACUUUAAAUCCUCACAGACUCUGGAUCAGGAGGAAUCAUCAGGAGGAAACUUCUGGACUCACACUUUAUAAUAAAAACUUCUCCAAUCUGACACAAACACGGUCCGAGACGCCUUCAGUCCCGUCCUGGUUUCCUCAGAAAUCGUCCAAACUGAUUAAAAAUUUGCUCCAAGCGCCUCCAGACUUGUGCAGGUUUCCUCAAUAACUAUGGAAUGACUCAAAGUUUGUCCAAAAUAGUAAAAAACAAAGUGCCAAAAAUACAAAGAGUGACAAAAAUUAACUUCAAAUCUUUAUGAAGUGACUCUAAAAUUAAAUAAAAACGGUCCAAAAUGACACUAAACUAGUCAGCACGACUCAGAAACAGCUUAAAAAAUCGAUUCAUUUAAAAAUGACCCAACAUUUGUCCAAAAUGAGUCAAACAUGUUUCUAAAAAAAUACUCAGAAUGUGUCUGUAAGCACAAAAAAACGUCCAAAAUGACAGAAAAAUAGUUUUAUAAAAACCAAAAAUGAUAAAUAUUUGAAGAACUGUUAUUUUCUGAAAUUACAAAUAAAUUCUAAAAACUCCAGAUGCCAGAAUCGUUCUCCAGAGGAACUCACACGUGUUCAGAAUUACUCAGAAAUACUCAUAAAUGAGAAAUGAGCUCAGUAUCGUUCUGAAAUUACUGAAGUCUGUUCAGAUCCACACCAUAGUCGUCCAAGAAAUGACUCGUGUACACAAACAACCCAAAAAAUAAAAUAAACAAACAAAAAACAUCAAAAUUUGAUUUGAAAUCUUUCUACUCAAAAUCUGUGGAAAAUGAAAAAGAAAUUCUCCAGAAUAAAACCAAACGGAUCAGAAAUGAUGAAACUAAAACCUUUGAAGCUACUAAAACUCCAGAUGUUGUCAGAAUUCCUCCAGAUUGAUCCAAAAUGACAAAGAAUCCAAAAGGUUUGGAAAAGAAAGAACAAAACUGAUUGAGAACGUUUUGGAAAUGUGUCCAAAGUAACACUGAGGGAACCCGUUACAGAACGUUCUUCUGUGGAACAUUCAGUGUUCUUUGAGAACAGCAGAGGAGGAACGUUCAGAAAAUGUUCUCCAGAUGUUACUGAGGCCUCAGCUGGGUUUUACAGAACGUUCUAGUAAUGUGACGUAUUAAAGGUGAAACAUUCUGAGUUAUUUUGAGGAUGUUUUUAUUUGAAAACCAUCUUUAAACACUUUUAAUCUGGAUUUAAUGAAGAAGUGAAGCGAAGCAGCACAGAGGGGAUCUUCAACAUGAGACAGACAUGAGGAGGAUGAUCAUGUGUUUCUGUAGAGAUUCUUUAAUAAAAAUCUGUUGUUUUCUUUCA